AUGGAUAUUCCUCAGCUUAUCGAGUCCAUCAAGUUGGUCAAUUCUUCUGACACUGUUGAAUCUCUAGACCCUCAGCAACGAGCUGAGCUUUACCAAGCCUGCGAUCGAUUGAGGAGCCAAUGUGAAGCUCCAUUGGAUAAGACGCUCAGGCUGCUUUAUUCAUACCACCAAGCCAUCGCUGUCCGUCUCGCAGUAGACCUUAAGCUCUUCGAUGCCAUCAUCAAGCGUUCCUCCGAGGAUAAAGAGGGCCAAGUGCGCGUCGGUCAGCUUUCUGAAGAUGUCCAAGCCGACCCAAAGCUAGUUGGGAGGCUCAUGAAGCUACUUGUGCCGUUGGAUAUUCUCAAGCAACAUACCUCUGAUACCUUCUCUCCCACUCGAUUCACAGAGGCCUACGUCUCGUCGUGUUGGAUGUCUGCAGCCGUAAUAUUCUUUACCCACCUCGUUCUUUUCGUCGCCCGGCUCCCGGAGUACUUCAAGCAGAAAGGAUGGAAAACUCCAGACGAUAUUGACGACUCCCCCUUAAAUUUCGCACUCGGAACCAAGGAUGGAUAUUUCGAAUACAUGUCGUCGAAUCCUUACUACCAAAACGCCUUCGACACAGUCAUGGCCUCGCCCUAUCGUCGCGACGAGAAGGAUUGGCUAGACUUCUUCCCAGUGGAGAAGAAACUACAAGUACAGACCCCCACCGAUGUUGUUCUCGUGGAUAUCGGUGGCGGCCGGGGUAAAGACCUCCUGGCCUUCCACAAGAAAUUCCCUUCUCUGCAGGGAAGACUGGUUCUCCAGGAUUUACCACACGUGCUUGAGACUGCUGAUCUGCCCAAUGGAAUCGAGGUCAAGCCCCAUAGUUUCUUCGAUGAACAGCCUGUCAAACGCGCAAAGGCUUACUACCUCCGUACUGUCCUCCAUGACUGGCCGGACAAGCAGGCCGUGGAAAUCCUAUCAAGGAUUCGUGAAGCAAUGGGCCCUGAUUCUUUGGUGUUGAUUCAUGAGAAAGCGAUGCCGGAGACUAAUAUCCCUUGGAUGGCUGCGAUUGGCGAUGUGACUAUGAUGACUGCGUUCGCGUCAGCUGAACGGACCGGUAAGGAGUGGGAAUCGCUGUUGAACAAGGCUGGGUUGAAGCUCAAUCGAAUUUGGAAACCUGAGGGUACUUCUGCGCAGCAACAGGUUAUUGUUGAAGGUGCACUCCAUUGA